UGGGAUUAGAAACAUCGUUCGGAUUGGAGGCUGGACAGAGUUUUUUUAAGGCUCCUCCCCCCAGACGACUGUUGGAGAUGAAGGUAAUCAACGCUGCGGUGCUGAGCGUCCUGUUCUGCUCUGCCGUCUCUGCCUCCGUCAAAGCCAAAGAAGAACGCAGGAAGGCCUUCUUCGGUGAAGACAUCCACAUGGACGUGCCGCCUGGACACCUGGCUGAAGUGGUGUUCAAGCCCAAGUCCAACAACACGGGGGAGGCGGUCCUGAUGAAGGCCGGCGUGGUGACGAGUCCACGCUGUUACCUCAACAGCCUGGGUCACCUGGUGCUGGACGACGCCCAGAAGGAGGACGAGGGCACCUACAUCAUCAAGAACCUCAACAACCCCGCCGCGGUGAAGAAGCUCAUCCUCGUCGUCAAAGACUGCGCUUUGGAGCAGGUGGUGAAGUACGGAGAGACCUACUACAUCCACCUCAACCAGGUCCAAGGCCCCAUCACCCUGGAGUUCAGGCCCACGCUGGUCCAGGUCAAUCAAACCGAAGUCCACCACGUGAGCGAGGCUCCGUCCGUGGUCCUGUUCAACCAGACGGCCGUGACCGCCGAGGACUACGUGGGACGUCUGAGCGUGUCGGAGAAACGGGUGACGCUGCACGGGGUGAGGAUGACGGACGUGGGCAGCUUCACGGUGCUGGACCGAGACGGGAAGGUCCGGAGGAGGAACUGCCUGAACGUCAGAGAACACCAGACCUUCCUGCAUCUCCCCUACGGCGGGAACCUGGAGAUAGAACUGUACCUGCACCACACCAACGUCAGCAUCGUCUACAGGCCCAAGUCGGACAACGUGGACCGGGUGGUCGUGGACCAGGGCGUCCUGGUGACGCCCAUGGACCCUCAGCUGGAGGGCCGGCUGACGGUGGACGGAUCAGACCUUUUCAUGAAGAAGGUCCUGGAGGCUGACACCGGGGUCUUCAAGGUCACGGACCUGACCGGCUUCACCGUGGCCCACGUCUACAUCGAGGUGGAACCCUACAGACUGCCCCGUCUCACCGUGGCCGUCCUCGCCAUGCUGGCUCUCAUCGCCUUCAUGCUGCUGGUCUGCCUGCUGUCCUGUCUCUACAAGGUCCACAAGAGGAACGAGAAGAACAAGAAGCUGCUGCUGCUCGCUCAGCAGACGGACAAAGGAGAAGGCCAGGCCUUCAGACAGGUGGUCCACGAGGCCUACACCAGGUUCACGGAGGAGUCCCUGCUGCAGUCGUCCUGUGAUAAGCCUUCAGAGAGCAUAGAGGUCACCAUCAAGGGUCUUGAAGUGGCCAAACCGGGUCGGUACCAGGCUCUGACCUCGGACAACUUCCUGGAGAUGAGCGACUCUGGCGUGGAGUUCACCGCCUCCGGCGCCCCGCUGGACAGCGACACCGAUGCCGCGGUGACCUACCCUUCGCACAAACCCCUGAUGAACGCCAUCUCCCCGACGGCCGUGAACGACGAGGUCCAGUCUGAGAGCCUGGAGACCACCGCCGUCCCCGACGUCAACCUGACCAGCCGGACCCCGGACUCCGUCCUGAGUUCCAGCCCUGCCUCCAAUCCUCGCUCCCUGGCAGCGGCGACGCCCGACGGCAGCCUGUGUGGUACGGCGUCACCCGGAACGGCCUCUAGGGGCACCAUCGGCUCAGAUUCAGUCAAGACAGAGGGAGGGGAGAGUGGAGACCCCGCCCUGAAGGAGGAGUCAGCUCCGAGCACCUGAGCCUCGACGCUCCAGGAAAGUUUUGUUUCUGCUCACGUCUCAUCCUCGUCCUCAUCCACACAUCGAGCUGCACCCCCCCACCCCCUGACCCCC